AGUCAACAAAAAGCUGCAUCUGCGGCGCAGCAGCAAGCUCAGUUUGAGCAAAGUCAAGCCCAAGCCGUACAGAUGCAACGCCUUACUGCCCUUCGACAACAGGGCCAUCAGAUGGCACAAUCACAUCCCAUCCGACAAGCCACUGCCGUUGCCGCGAAACCCCGUCAGGAAACGCAUGCGGAAUCGGAUGCACGUCGUCGUCGUUCGCUGAUUUCGGAUUUCAUGGUUGCACCCAGUCCAACACCAUUCUUGGGUAAAUUUGUAUAA